AUGCCCAUGUCAUCUCUCCAAGCAGUGACCCUGCAGGACACGCAGUCUGGACUGUCCGAGACCAACACCCGGGUUGUCGGAGGGGUGGAGGCCUGGAGGAACUCCGGGCCCUCACAGAUUUCCCUCCAGUACCUGUCAGGAGGUAACUGGUAUCACACCUGUGGAGGGACCCACCGUCAGAACCAGGUGACGACCGCUGCUCAUGCCCAGCUGCCCUUCUGCGUGGUGGUUGGAGACCACAGGCUGAGCCAGAACGACUGCACGGAGCAGUAUGUGAGCGUAUAGCGGAUCGUGGUGCACCCAUAUGGGAACAGCAACCACAUGGCUGCCGGAUAUGACUUCGCCCUCCUGCGCCUAGCCCAGAGUGUUACACUCAACAGCUACGUGCUGGGUGUUCUGCCACGGGAGGGCAACAUCCUGCCCAACAACCGCCCCUGCGACAUCACUGGCUGGGGCAAGGUCAGGACCAACGGGCAGCUGGCCCAGGCCCUGCAGCAGGCUUGCCUGCCCACCGUGCACUGUGCCACCUGCGCCAGCCCUUCCUGCUGGUGCUCCACUGUGAAGACCACCAUGGUGUGUGCCGGUGGCGACGAGGCUCGCUCUGGGUGCCAGGGUGGCUCUGGGGGCCCUCUCCACUGCUUGGUGAAUGGCCAGUACACUGUCCACGGAGUGACCAGCUUCGUGUCCAGCCUGGGCUGUAAUGUCUCCAGGAAACCCACGGUCUUCACCCUCUCUGCUUACAUCUCUUAGAUGAAUAACGUCAUUGCCAACAACUGA